AUGAGAGUUAACUUACUUGGAUAUGCAAACGACGAUCAAAUCAGUGAUCUUGUAUUUGAACGAGACUUUCUUUGGAAAAAUCAAGAAGUUACUUUAGCAUUUGUGAAUGGUGACCAAGAAAAACAGUUACAAUUUCGUCGAAUAUAUUUUCAAUGGUUUUUAUCUACUCAUAUUCAUUUCAAAGAAGUUCCACUUAAUCACAGUGCUGAUAUUCGAGUAGGAUUUGGACUAGAUAAACAAAGUUCAUGGUCACUUAUUGGAUCUAAUUCAGCUUUUUAUUCAUAUGAUAUAAAAUUUGGUAAAAUUUUUCGUGAUCACAAAAAAACGAACUAUCCAUCUUUGGUUGUUGCAUUUAAUACACAACGUGAAAUAUUGCAUGAAGGAGGACAUUCUAUAGGAUUUAAUCAUGAACAUUUUCAUUCAUUAGCAAAUAUAUCAUGGAAGAAGAGUUUUAUAGAUGGAUCAAUGACUCCCGAUUUGCCACACAAUUAUAUCAAAAGAAAUUAUCUUAAAAAAAUUGCUCCAAACAAAAGUUUAGGCAUGUUUGAUACGUAA